AUGCCCUCCAUCGUCUGCCACGCCGGCCCCGACGAGAACUGGGCAUACUGUCCGUCCCUCGGAGCCGCGGUGCUCUUCACGGUUCUCUUCGGGCUCACCACGGGCGCCCACAUAAUCCAGGCCGUCGUGUACCGCAAGCGAUUCGCCAUGGUGUUGAUCAUGGGCGGGCUCUGGGAGGUGGGCGGCUACAUAGUGCGGCUCCUGUCGAUCGAGCACCAGCGCAGCGACACGCUGUACACGGUGCAAUUGCUCCUGAUCCUGCUGGCGCCGCUCUGGAUCAACGCCUACAUCUACAUGCUGCUGGGCCGCAUGGUCCAUUUCUUCCUCGAGCCGGACCGCGUGCUGCGCAUCCCCGCCCGCUUCAUCACCCGCGUCUUCGUCCUCUUCGACAUCACCGCCUUUGUCAUCCAGGCCACCGGCGGCUCCAUGACCGAGCCCGGCACAUCCGCCCAAACCCAGGAGAACGGCCUGCACAUCUACACCGCCGGCGUCGGCGUGCAGCUGUUCUUCCUGCUCAUCUUCGUUGUGUUGGCUGUUGGGUUUCAACGGACAUUACGUCUUCGCCGUGGUGGUGGUGGUGGUGGUAAUGCUUGUGAUGGAGCUGGCGGUGAUGGUGGUGGUAAUUCUGCUGCUGGGGGUGUCGCUGGAGCGACUGAUUCUGGUUCUGGACAACAUUUCGAUCUGGAGUUUCAAGCACCAUCGCAAGCGCAGGCGCAGACACAGACUCAGAGUCAGACUCACCUGUACUCGCCCAUCCCCGAACCCUUACCUGACCCUAGACUGGCCGUCCCUCUCCUGCGCGUCCUCUACAGUGUCAUGGGCCUCAUCAUCUUCCGCAACAUCUACCGGCUCGUCGAGUUCGGCACGGGCGCGAACUCGCCGACCGUCAAGCACGAAUGGUUCGCCUACGUCUUCGACGCCGUGCCCAUGUUUUUCGCCUUUGUCAUCAUCAACCUGGCCUAUCCCGGCAAGAUCCUACAAGGGCCCCGAAGUGAUUUCUCCGAACAGACCAAGGAGCGCAAGAGGGCUAGGAGGGAGAAGAAGGCCGCCAAGAAGGCAGAACAGAGGGAGAAGGACAUGAAGAAGAUGGCCGAGAACGGUGCGGCGUAUUGA